GUGUUCUGGCACAUAAAAAACAUAAAUAUAUUAUUUAAAUAAUUAAAAAAUUAUAAAGUAAUUUUUAAUAGAGUAAAAAAAACUACAACAACAACAAAAACAAUAGAUUUAAAAAAUAAAAUGUACGGAAAUAGUUAAAACUAAUACAAUUAGUAGUAUCCAUAGAAUUAGUAUGGCUAGCAAGGAUAUCCUUAAGGAAACAAUUAUUAAUAACCUUACAAUUAGUAUGGAAAUCAACCAUAUAAUUAGCAAAAUUUUAAUUAAUAACAAUACAAUUAGGGUCUUUAGCAAUAACCAGUGAUGGGUUAAGGUGGCCCUUAUUACCAAUAUAAUGAGCAUCCAGACAGUAAAGUAAACAAGAAAGAUAAAAAAGGUAGAAAAAGUUCCUCAUCUAGCGAUGGAGAUGAAGAGAAUUUAGGAUACUUCUAACAAGAUUCUCAAAAUAAUCAAAGCAGUGGAUUAACUUCAGAUAAAUUUUUAAGAUCUGGAUUUGUCACAAAAGUUUAUACUAUCUUAUCGGCUUAAAUGGCUGUCACUGUAAUUCUAUGUGCUUAUUCUAUGUCCUCUUAAAAAUUCAAGAAUUUCUAAUUGAACAAUCCCGGGCUCAUGAUUGCUGCUUUAGUUGUCAAUAUCAUCUGUCUUUUAGUAUUAAUCUGUUCUAGAGAUCAAGCUAGAAAAGUACCUAAUAAUUAUAUUCUUCUAGGAGUAUUUACUCUUUGUGAAUCUUAUUUAGUUUCAUUCAUUUGUAGUAUGUCUAAUCCUAAGAUAGUAUUCUUAGCUGCAUUAUUUACCAUGGCAAUUUUCCUUUCUUUGACAUUAUACGCUUGCACAACUAAAUCUGACUUUACUACUAUGGGAGGUACUCUGUAUGUUAUUGGAAUGGGUCUUUUUAUUUUUGGAUUUUUCUUGAUCUUUACCAAUAAUAAUGUUAUGCAUCUCAUCUAUGCCACAGCAUGUGCAGUCCUAUUCGGAUUUUACAUCCUAUACGACACUCAACUUAUCAUUGGCAACAAGAGCUACAAAUACAGUAUUGAUGAUUAUAUAAUAGCUUCUCUCGAGCUCUAUAUGGAUAUUAUAGGACUAUUUUUACAAUUACUGGAAAUCCUAUAACGUUUAUCUGGCUCAAGUAGUGAUUGA